UAGCUCCCACAAUGACGUCACAGUCGUUUGAUUAGAAGUAGAGUCACGGCUGACCUGUGCGGAAGUUAGGAGCAAUGGAACCGACGAGCGCAAACGAGACCGUUCCGAUGCAGUCGAGUGCAGACGUUCAGCACAACGGCGCGUCGCCCGUCAAGCUAGAGCGCACGAGUUCGACGUCGACGUCGCCGACCGACGCCGUUCGUAUUGACUUGCCGUCGCUCGUCGCUAUGAAGAGUUUAAUCGAGAAUAAGAUCUCGGAGGAGACGGAACGAGCGCAGCACGAGGAGGUCGAGCGCGUCGCAGCGGUCGUCUCGAUUCGCGACGGCAACGAGAGCGGGGAUGAGGCGACUGACGACGCAAGUCCUCCCAUUUCGCCCGAAUCGACAAGCACGACCGGGUCAGCAUCUGAUGAUUCAGUGUUGUUCAACGAGCGACCGGCGCCUCUAGAUCAGACUGCGAGGAAUUUUCCCAAGAGGUCUAGGUAUAGUCAUCGAGCUGCUCAGUCGGGAUUGUCUGCAUUUGUCAGGACAAGGACGGGCGGUACGAAUCCUGUACGUGCAUUGGAGCUUCUUCGCGUUGUGUUGCAGCCAUCAUUUGAGAAGCAAAUUGUGCAUGUUUGUCAGAGCUACAUUGAGUUGCUAAAAAUGGCAGCUGGAAAUCUUCAAGAGAAUUGGGGAGAACCAGUAGCCGACAUUCAUGUCAUUAGUGCUGUUAGAAAGAGUUUGGAAGAGGCCGGAUCUGCAUUGGAUCCUGGUCAGCCACUUCAGGAGUGUGAACAGAAUGACCAGUCGGUCACUACUCACAGAAAGAUGCACACUCGAAAGAGAAAACCGGUACACAAAGAAUCAAACGGAAAGCCGCAUUCGGCAAAACAUGGAAGAUUGGGUGCCGUUUUGUUUAAAGAUAUUGAAGCAUCAGGGAUGACGUGGAAUCCAGACGAAUUGUGUGAAAGCACAAAGUUUAUCAUGGGAGUGAAAGCCAACAAAGCAUUUGGUUUUGGAGCGACUAGAGGUCGUAUUUAUUAUCGUCAUCCAGAAAUUUACAAAUAUGCAGGUGAUCAGGAUGAUAAAGUGUGGCUGUAUGACAAUGGACACAUGCCAGUGACUGGCGGCAAGGCAUACCUGAUGAUCGAGAAAGAUGUUUUCAAGCUGGCAGGAAGUUUCCCAGAGUAUAUGAACAACCCAAAUGUAGUGAUGGAUGACUUGGUAGGGUUUACACUGCCGCCACAAAUCGUCACAAAGAUCAAACAGGACAUGAAGCAACAGAGAGAUGCAUUCUUAUAAGACAUGAAUGUCGGCUAUGGAAAAGAAGUUGUCUGUAUAUGGAGAGAGGCUCUAGUUUAUUUUCAGUUACUGCAUUUAUGUGUAGAUGAUAUAUUUAUUGUGUUGUGUGUACCACAUUGGACACACACAAGACACAAGGAACAGUUAACUGCUAUUUUGGUGGUCAUGAAUCAUUCUAUUAAGUGCUAUAGUGAAUCUUAUUCUAGAUGAGAGAAUCAGAUUAAUAAUGGCAUCGUUUAGUUGUACGCUA